UGUGUUUCAGGAGGGACGGGCAGUCCUUGGAGAGGUUUCUGAACGAUUACUUCGCAGGUCGUUUGAAGCGUUUCAUAAAGUCUGAACCGAUCCCUGAGAGGAACUCUGCUGCAGUCAAGACGGUGGUGGCGGAGAAUUUUGACGAUCUGGUCAACAGCCCGGAGAGAGACGUUCUGAUCCAGUUCUACUCUCGAUCCUGUUCUCACUGCAAGAAGCUGGAGCCGGUGUACACAGAGCUGGCUGAGACGCUGUCCUCUAAUCCCAACAUCUUGAUCGCCCGGAUGAACGCCGGCAACAACGACGUCCCCAACGGAUACGACGUGCAGGGGUAUCCCACCAUCUACCUGGCCCGGGCCGGCAGGAAGGACGAGCCAAUCAGAUACGAGGGGGGGCGGGAGCUCAGAGACUUCCUGAAGUUCCUGAAGAGCGAAUCGACUCAUCGGCUGAGAGUCGGGGCGGCGAAGGUCGAGCUCUGACACGCCUCCAUCGUCCAAUCAGAAGAGACUACAGCCCGAGCUCUGACACGCCUCCAUCGUCCAAUCAGAAGAGACUACAGCCCGUGUUCUGACACGCCUCCAUCAUCCAAUCAGAAGAGACUACACCCCGUCUCCAUGACAACGGACCGAGACAGACUUCUAAAUUAUGUUUUUUAUUUAUUUAUUUAUUGAGAUGUGCAUGUGAAAGGGGACGUGGUCACUUUGCAAGUUUUUGGGGUUCUUUGGAGGACGUUGAAAGGCAUUCUGGGGAAAGUAGUGAAUGAUAUUUGAGAUUGAAACAUGUCUUUUUGUAUGUAUGAGUCCUUUCAUUUGGGUCUUUUCAAAAGAGAAACACCCCCCCCCCCCAUAUCAAUUAAAUGAUGAGUGAUAUAUUUGAUCUUUUUUUUAUUGGUUCAGUUUUUGAGACUUUAUUAUUUGAACUUCUUUUUUUUAUAUUUCCUCAUUUUUUUAUUAUUUUAUAUUUUUUUAUUUUACAGAUGUAUUAAUUGUAAUUUCACUUCCUGUCACUACUUCACUGUUAUUGAUGUUUAUUUAAUGCUGACCUCUUUAUUGAUUUCUGUCAAUCUGUGUUUUUGUAUUUUUGACAAAUCUUUUAUUUAAACUUCAUGUUUUUGUAUUU